UAAUUUCAUUUUUGUUUACUUUCCUUUAUUGUGCGAUUUUUGGACUGUUUUGCACAAUUUUGGCACUUGUUGCGCCAGCAAAUAUCUGACGAAAUGUCGGAGCAAUUCUGCAGUUUUUGUAUGGAAUUGAUUUAAGUGGAUCUUUUAGAAACUGUAGAAAUUAGGAAUGUUUAUUGCUUUAAGGAAGGCGAAUGUUGAAUCUGUGGUUCGCUUAAAAUGGCGUAUCUUUUAGACGUUAGCGAAGGUGGAAUUUCAAACUUUUUUUCAAAUGGAGACAAUGUUAACAGAAGCCGUUGCUUACCGCCAGAGGUGGAAGUCGGAAAUGUUGAAUACAAGCUAAAACUUGUGAAUCCAACCAAAGCACGCUUAGAACAACUGGUUACCCAAUUAAAAUGGCGGUUACAGGAAGGAUUGGGAGAAGCCAUAUAUGAGAUUGGAGUUGAAGACAAUGGUAUGUUGGCAGGUCUCACUCAAUAUGAGAUGGAUUUGUCAUUAGAGACCUUAAAAACAAUGGCUGCAAGACUUGGCUCUGAGGCUACUGUUUUAAGAGAACAUCUUGUUGAAGGUUGCAAAGAAGAUGAAAAUGAGAGAGUAGUUACUGAAGUUCUUGUGCGCAAAAUUUCUGAUGAUGAACAGAUGAUAGAUAUACGGUUAGCAGUCAUUGGUAAUGUUGAUGUUGGUAAAAGUACUUUAGUUGGUGUUCUCACACAAGGAGAGUUAGAUAAUGGCCGUGGUCGGGCUCGUCUUAAUCUCUUUAGACAUCUUCAUGAAAUUGAGUCUGGACGAACUUCCAGUAUCAGUCAUGAAAUUCUUGGAUUCAACAGCAAAGGAGAGGUUGUCAACUACAGCGAUUCCGGUAGUGCUGAAGAAAUUUGUGAAAUGUCAUCAAAGAUCAUCACUUUUCUUGACUUGGCUGGACAUCAGAAGUAUCUGAAGACAACAAUCUUUGGUCUUACUGGGCACAUACCUGACUUUGCAAUGCUUGUUAUUGCUGCAAAUACUGGAGUAGUUGGAACAUCACGCGAACAUCUUGGUCUAUGUAUUGCUAUGGACGUCCCAAUGUUUAUUGUCGUUAAUAAGACAGACACUUGUACAGCUGCAAUGACCGAGCAAACCAUCAAGGGACUUGAAAGAGUUCUCAAAAGUCCCGGGUGCAAAAAGAUGCCUCUAAGAGUUUCGAAUUCUGAGGAUGCGGUUACUGCUGCUACGAAUCUUGUUUCGAACAGGAUUACUCCAAUAUUCACAGUAUCCAGCGUCACUGGCGAUGACUUGGAUUUAUUAAAGAAGUUUCUCAAUAUAAUUCCACCUCGUCAGAGUCAGGAGGAACAGGAAAAAUUAAUGCAAGAAAAACCAGAGUAUUUUGUUGACGAAACAUUCAAUGUACCAAACAUUGGGAUAGUUUUGGGUGGUACGUUGAUGAGAGGUCUGAUACGUGAAGGUGACAUAAUGAUGUUAGGGCCAUCGGAACGAGGUGAUUUUACGGAGACACGCGUGGUAUCCAUUAGAAGAAAUCGCGUGCCUUGUCAUUAUAUCAAAGCUGGACAAUCCGCUACGUUAGCGCUCUCUUACGUUGAAAAAAUGUCCAUUCGACGUGGAAUGGCGUUGCUCUCCCCUGAUGCUUCACUGGAAUGUUUUUCUGCUGUAGAAGCUCGCCUUUUCUUGCUCUUUCAUACGAGCGAGCUGUCAGAGCGCUUUCAAGGAACUUUACAUGUCGGUAAAGUUGUUCAAACUGUAACUAUUGAUAAGAUUUCCCAGCGUGUAAAAACUGGUCAAUGGACGACCGUUACAUUCAAGUUUCUCAGAAAUCCAGAAUUUGUUCGUGUCGGCACAAAGAUAUUCUUUCGUCAAGGGCGAACUAGGGCGAUGGGAAGCAUUCUUAGAACAUUUCCAUUUGAGGUUAAUGUAGAAAGAUGAAUUCUACAAUUGAAACAAGGCGAGGAAUUUAGUGAUGUAUCAAGAUAUAAUUUCAAGGAAAAUUUUUUAUGUGUCUGUUUGACUAUCUACAACAACAACGGUCAAGGAAAACGUUGAUCAAAUCGAUGAAGUAAUUCUUAGUAAUGAAAUUUUCUUUUAGCUUUGAUUUUUAUGCAUGUCGUUAAAAUUGGUUUGAAUAUUGAAAUUAUAAUUUUAUGUUUUUCGUUAUCCUUGACGUUUUCCCUCUAGAUAAUAAGAUUAACUUCUUGCAAUUUUCGUUUGGUCCUUAGAAUAUUUUUUUCGUGUAUUUUAAAAUAUUAUUGCUUUUUUUACCUUUUGAUUGUAAGUAAUGUAAACUUCAUCUUUGCCAACACCAUCAUUAACUGCCUUCGUUGGGAGUCUCAGGCCCUGUGGGUUCCAGGAGAGAAUAGACCCAAUGUUGCAACGCAGUAUUUGUAAAUAUUAAAAUAACUGGUUCAAUAUAUAAGUUAGCUGUGCAUUUUUGUAAUAAUUGUUUAAUAAUUGGUUAAAAUGUAAUACUUGGUAUAUAAAUAGUGUAAUUAUGUAUUAUGUAAAAAGUAUCAAUAAUUGGUAAUUUUUUUAUGCA